AUGGGUUCCAGUAAUUCAAGAGUCAUCCAAACACCAACAAAUAUAAAUCUAUCUGUUGGAGACUACACUGAAAUCACCUGCAUUUGGGAAAAAGCUAUUGAGAGGUAUAGAGCAAGCUGGUAUUUUGUUAGUAAAGAGAACAUCACUAAAAAUAUAUCAUCACAACUUUUCUAUUCGGCCAACACCACCCAUGAAAACAAGGAUGUGCUAGUCAUCAAAUCUGCCAGUCUAAACGACACUGGAUUUUACUACUGUGAGAUAAUUAUCGAAAUACCUGUCCUUAAGAAACUACUUGGAAAUGGGACAACAGUGAUUGUUGAAGAGAAAGCAGCUCACCCACUGGAAAGGAGAUAUUUGGAAGCAUGGGGCGUCCUUCUUUUUUUAGUGGCAGCAGGAAGCUUGUAUCUUUGCUACAAAAAGAAACAGCUCUCCACCCUAUCUGGUGCUGCACAGCUUCCUGUGCUGACAGGACAGCAUGAGCAGGAGCAGAUGCUCGAGAUGGAAGAGCUUCACGGGAGAAACGAAUCCACCAGGGAAGCAGCUGAGGAAAACUCAACAUGUAAUUCUGUAGAAUGGGCUGUGUCUACGCUUUAUGAAUCACCUGAAAUUUUUUGCAAUGAAUCAAGAGGAAAAGAUGACAAAUCCACUGCGACUAUUGUAUCCAAUGGAGCAGAUGAGCAAAUUCCACAAACUAGGGCAGCUGAAAAGUCUAGAAUGAGACAAGAAUCUGUCAUCUACUCUUACAUUCAGAACUAAACAAAAUAUGGCUAAAUAACUGUGAAACUGAAAAAUAUGAUAAUUUGCUGCUGCAAGAUGGAUUACGUGUUUCCUGUCAAAAGCUUGUCAGUGGGAAAAUAUACAAGAAAAACAGUUAAUUCUAAGCAGUUUUUGAAUGUUUUGUCACUAACAAAACAUUCUAAGGAGUCUCUGAAUUUGGAGGAUAAUAUCAUUUAGAGGACUGUCUUCAGCUCUUCCUCUGGUAUCCAGAAGCACUGUGUUAUCAUGCUUUGAAAAAUACUUCUGGACUGAAGAACAUUCUCCAACAAGAGCGUUUCUUCAGGAAGCCCAUGUAUGAAUAGGAGACGGUAGAG